AUGGUCUCCAUAAGUUUCAAUUGCAAGAGUAGAAUUGCGUUAUUGAAACAGAUUAUGCGAAUGGUUACUCAUCAUAAUCAUCUGAGAAGCAUGAAGGCAUUAGUGACAGUUAUGGCUGUGUUGUUGAUGAUGGUAAACAUGGUGCAUAGUGAAGAAGAAGGUGAUGGGUGGUUUUUAGGCAAUAAGAGACGUGUGCGCAUUACAAAUAAUAUAAAGAAUGUUCUUGUUUUCAUCCAUUGUCGAUCCAAGGAUACUGAUCUUGGAAAAAAUGUUCUUGACUUUAGACAGUACGAAGAAUGGAGCUUCAGAGACAACUUUGGUGGCACCACUCUUUUCUGGUGUGCCAUGUCUGCAAACGAUGUCCACACAAGUUUUGAGGUUUAUAGUGCCAAAACUUCUCAUAUUGAAUGUGGUGAUGAUUGUUAUCGAAGUCUAAGAAGCAUGUUGAAGCUAUUAGUAACAGUUAUUGUGUUGGCGAUGAUGGUAAACAUGGUGCCAAGCGAAGAAGAAGGUGAUGGGUUUUUAGACGGGAAGAAACACGUGCGUGUUCAAAACGAUAUGACGAAUGGCAUUGUCGUUCAUCUCCAUUGUCGAUCCAGGAAUGAUGAUCUUGGAGAACAUGUUCUUGCCUUUGGACAGUACCAAGAAUGGAGCUUCAGAGACAACGUUGGUGACACCACUCUUUUUUGGUGUUCCAUGUCCGCAAACAAUGUCCAAACGAGAUUUGAAGUGUACAGUGCCCCUUCUGAUCACACCAAAUGUGAUAAACAAUGUUAUCGAAGUCUGAGAACAGAUGGAGCAUAUUUCUAUGAUCAAUUUGAAGACACGUGGCAGAAGAGACAUUCAUGGGAUGUUCAUGCACACUAA